AUGGCUGAGCUGCGGUACACCAAGGAUGGUGUGCCGAUAUACGAUGGCACCCCGGAACUGUUUGUGCCAUACCGCCGAGCCGCUUUGAUAUAUGCAGAAACAGUGGAAUGGAAGAAGCGGACACUGGUGGGGCCACGCCUCCAGGCGGCCCUGGAGGGAUCUGCACGGAUGGUUGUGGAGCACAAAGCACCUGGAUGGAUUUCGCAUCCCAAUGGCGCUUCGCAGUUACUGGAAUGCUUAAAGCAACAGGUGCGCGCCCCAACCUUGGCAGAGGCUGGCAGGACAAUGUCUCGUUUCUUCUACGGCAUCAAGAGGAGGCGAGGAGAAGGUAUGGCAGCAUGGAUCGUUAGACACGAUGAAGCUCUUCUGGAAGCCAAGCGGACGCUUGCAGAGGCGAUUCAGGAAUAUGGUCCUGGAUCCAAGUUGUCAUCGUCGAAGAGCUCUACGUCCUGGAGAAGCCAGUACCGGGGAUAUACAAGACCGCAGGGCUCGUCGGAAUCAGGAGGAACACACCCUGAUCCCGAGGAACCCGGGAACCUCGGGGAGGAGACCGAAGAACUGCGCGACCAUGAGGAGGAAACAGGCGAGACGCAAGAAGGUUCCGAACCAGCUGGAGAUUGGUGGGAUUCAUGGUGGUCCAAUGACUGGAACCACUGGAAUGAGGGCAGCUAUACCAAUCCGCCUAGCUGGUGGGGCACACAGCCGAGCAGCGGUGGCCUCACGUGGGCUACCUGGGAUGCGUCAGCGACAGCAUCGGCCCAAGCCGAACGGUUUCUUCCAGACUUCGUGAUCGCGUGGCUCCUUCUGCAGAGGUCAGGACUCGACACAACCGAGAAGAGCGUGAUUGUGGCAAAUCUUCGCAACAACUUUUCAAUCCAGAAGGUCAAGGAGGCGUUGAAGCUGACUUGGCCAGAUGAGGAGCUUCGCAAGCGAGAUUCUGGAAAGAACAGUGCGAUGUUUGCUGCAGACGAGGAGGCGCUCCUGGCAGGAGAAGAAGAAGCUGAGCCCCCUGAGGCUCCAACCUGGGAUGACCCCGAGGAGGGUUAUGCAUAUCAGGCUCUGGAAGAUGAUGCUCAGGAGGCCUUGGCUGCUCUGGAUGAUGCCAGGCGUACCCUCAAGGAUGCCAGAGAGAAGCAAGCGCAGAUGAGACGAAACAGAGGUUUCUUUUCGCAGCGGAACUCAGGAGGCGAGAGGUCCUCCGGGUCACGACCUCCGAUCAAGUGCUUCCGAUGUGGGGGCAAUCAUAUGCGACGAGAUUGCCCACAGAACAACUCCGGAAGUUCCAAUGAUCAGCGGGUUCACUUCGUCUUCUCGGCUACUACCACGACCGUAACUGCGGAGCCAGAUGGCAAUGAGAAGUUUUCAGCAACAACAGAAGCAAACAUGCUGGCCCUGGACGAGGUGGUGGCUGCCGGCAAUGCCAUCAUCGAUGGUGGUGCGACGAGCAGCCUGGGAUCAGAAGAUGCACUACAGCAAGUGGCUAUGCUCAACUGGAAGGCUACCGGACAAGACAGUAUUGAUAUCAUACCUGGAGAGAAGCCCAGUUUCAGGUUUGGCAACAAUGCUCAACACACCUGCCUUUCAACAGCUAUGUUCCGGUUGCCCAUCGAGUGCAAGGACAGCCGCAUGAGAGUGCAUAUUCAUGAUAUUCCAGGCCAGCCUGUUCUGCUGAGUGUGAAGAGUCUGAGAGCUCUAGGCGCUGUUAUCGAUUUUUCGAAUGACCAGGCCGUGUUUAAGGCGCUGGACCCAAAAGCUGUGGUCUCACUCGAGACCACGAGCAGUGGACAUCAGCUGUUCCCAUUGGCUCGGGAUGUUCUUGAAGGGGCUACUCCGCUUGAUGUUCCGUUUACCUCGUUCCACCAGUAUGUGAAGGCCAAGGCCCAUCGAGACAAGUACAAUCUUUCCACUAGUCACAACUUGGUGAUACCCUUAGUGAAGCCAGAUGUAGGACCCAUGGAGAUUAACCCGAGGAAGUGGCACGUGUACACCCGAGCUCACCUAAGCGCCUCAAGCCUGAAUCCACGCCCCCCGCCGCGCCUUUCGAAGUACUCCACGCCGUCGACGGGAACCACCAAGGCGGAGAUGCAACAGAAGCUGAUUCGGAUGGGCGAAACACCGCCCCAUGCGUGGACCAAGGUGCAAUUGGCAACACGGAUUGCCGAACUGCAAGCUGCCGAGGAACAACCCAUGACCGAGAGGGAGGCCUCGAAGAUGAUCAAUCGAGCGAAGACCAAGCAGGCCUUGAUGGAUCUCUUGGCCGAGCACAACCUCGAGCACAGCAAGCACCAGACCAUGGACCAGCUUCGGGCAGUGAUGUUGCGCUACCUCAUGGAGGCGAAAGUCCCGGCGACCUACGAGAACUACAUGGGGUUCGGGAAGUACAGUCACCUGACGUACGGGCAAGUGCUGACUCACUACCAGAGCUACACAGACUGGACAAUCACAACCGCAGCGACGGAGAAGGAAUGCCAUUGGCGUCUUCGCCGCUAUGCACAAUGGGCCAACGGGUUAAGCCGCACCGAGAGGGAGAAGAUCUACCGGAUGGCCAGCAUCGAGAUCGAGGCAGAGACACAGAGAACGGCGCAGAGGGGCUACCGUUACCGCCCCGCCAGUCAGGCAAGCUCUUCGGAGUGGAACGACUCGCGAUGGGAAGUCGCGACCAUGGAGACCACCCCGGACCAGGAGAUGAUCCCCGCGACUCCAUCCCGGGACCCAGCCGAACGUCUGGAAGAGCUCGAGACAGAGCUCCGUCAUCUCCGAGAGCUGGUGAAGAAGCAGGCGGAGGAGACUGUCGAGCCGGACCGCAAGCAGACCAAGUCGAAGGGGGCUUAG